AUGAUGAUUGACGCUGCAUGUCGCCAAUCUUCCUACUUAUUACCAUUAUUAACAAAUACAGGUAACGGUUGUAAUAAAAUGAAGAGAAAUUCAGCAAAUGAUAAUGAAGAUGAGUUAACAUCAAAAUCGGAUUUGGAAACAAAAGCAAAUAAUCAUAAGAAUAUUUUACCACCACGAAAGAAACUUAAAUUUGGCGUCGAUACUAUUCUUGAAACACAUUUAGAUAAUGAAUCGAAAGAUGAAUCAAAACGUGAAGUUCGCGCAUAUGUUGCCUCUCCUGUUUCUCCGAGUUCAUCGGUAUCAUCAAAUGAACCGUCAUCAGCUAAAUCGCCAUUAUUCAAACCUCCGUUCCCCGCACAUCACAAUAGUAGCUCGCCGAUAUCGGAUCAAUCUUCUUUACCCUCUUCAGCAUUACUUCGCCAUUCUAUUUAUGGAUCAUCAAUGUAUUUACCAUUCAACUGUUUCACAUCAAACAAUAAUAACAAUACCAACAGCAUCAGUGGCAACAACAACAAUAACAGUAAUAGUAUUACUGGUUCAGAACGAGAUCAUAACAAUGAACAAAUGCAUCAAAGUCUUCUUCAAGAUCGUCUUUUUCUUCAAAUGGCUUCAGCUAAUCGACAACAUCACUUAUCAUUCGAUGGUCAUCCUUCGCCACCCAAUGGUUUAUGGCGCCCUACAUUACGACCAUUUAUAGGUAAUCAACCAGGUAGUUAUUUCGGUAAUAAUGGUUCAUCGUCUGUACCUUCGUCAACACCGUCGUUGUUGAAUGGCGCGGCGCAACAGAAUGGACUGUAUCUUCCUCCUCCGCCUUCAAGUAUAUUUUGGCCAUUGGGUCUUCGAAGUAAACCACGUCGUGGCAUGCUGCGACGAGCUGUUUUUUCUGAUCAACAACGUAAAGGUUUGGAAUUGGCAUUUAUUAAACAGAAGUACAUUAGUAAGCCUGAGAGAAAAAAACUAGCUCAACGCCUCGGACUGAAAGAUUCUCAGGUUAAAAUAUGGUUUCAAAAUCGUCGAAUGAAAUGGCGAAAUACGAAAGAACGAGAAUUACUAACAUCAAGUUCAACCAAUAAUAAUAACAAUAAUAACUUCACCGAUGGUACAGAGUCCACCUCAUCCACGAAGAAUUCAACUAGUAAUGAUAAGAAUGAUCUAUGCGCUUUGUCAAAUGAUUGUUGUGAUUGUCAACAACAACAUCAUCCUCAUCAUUUGAAAGAAGAUUCGAUGAAUUUUCGUCCUUCGGCGAGUGUUCAUGAUGAUGAAACGAACAAUUCCGAUAUUGAUGUUAAUAAUGAUGAUUCAAGCAAUUCGGAAGAUGAUGAGGAUGAAGAUGAGGAUUCCAGAAGACAAUAA